CAGAAUUCCAUGAAUGAAAUGAAAGAGCAAUAAAAACUCUUGUUCUCGAUAUUGCUUGCUUUGCUUCUGAUCUCAAUUCUCAUCUCAUCCAAACACAACAAUUUUGGUGAGAAAGAGAAAAUUAUUAAAAGGGUUGGGAAUUGGAUGGGCAAAUAGAUAGAAAGAAGCGAGUAAAUGACGGGAGGAGGAGAAUACGGCGAUCAAAUAUAUCUGCUCAGAUCCAGCAGCCAUAAAGAUGAAGAAGGCGAUGGUGAUGAGGAGGAUGUCGAAUCUCAGAUAAGCGGCAGCAACAACAGCAGCAACAAUAACAUCGCCUUCAAAGAUCUGUUGAAGCAUUUGGACAGGGGGUUCUCCCCCAGGCGCCACAGCUUCAAACGACUCGAUAGAGACAGAGACAGAGACAGAGACCGCUACUCCCCGCUUUCCCUAGAUCACCAUCACCACCACCAACACAAUCAAGCUUACGUUGUGGAUGCCGCUGAUCCGUUGGGAGAUAGCGCCCCUCCCGAAUGGGCCUUGCUGCUUGUCGGCUGCUUGCUUGGAGUCGCCUCCGGUUUCUUUGUGGCCGCUUUCAACAAAGGAGUUCACGUCAUACAUGAAUGGGCAUGGGCUGGGACUCCAAAUGAAGGUGCUGCAUGGCUUCGUUUACAGAGACUGGCUGAUACUUGGCAUCGAAUUCUUUUGAUACCUGUUACUGGAGGGGUCAUUGUUGGAAUGAUGCAUGGCUUACUUGAGAUAUUGAACCAAAUAAGGCAAUCCAGUUCUUCUCAACAACAAGGCUUUGAUUUGGUUGCUGGGGUCUUCCCCACAAUAAAGGCUAUCCAGGCAGCUGUAACUUUAGGUACUGGUUGUUCUUUGGGUCCUGAAGGCCCCAGUGUAGACAUUGGAAAAUCAUGUGCCAAUGGAUUCUCAUUAAUGAUGGAAAACAACAGAGAAAGGAAGAUUGCUCUUGUGGCAGCUGGAGCUGCAUCUGGGAUUGCUUCAGGUUUUAAUGCUGCUGUUGCUGGUUGCUUCUUUGCUAUUGAAACUGUGUUAAGACCUCUCCGUGCUGAAAACUCACCUCCAUUUACAACUGCAAUGAUAAUUUUGGCCUCCGUUAUCUCAUCUACUGUAUCAAAUGCUUUACUCGGGACAGAAUCAACUUUCACUGUGCCAUCAUAUGAUUUGAAAUCUGCUGCUGAGCUACCAUUAUACCUGAUUUUGGGAAUGCUCUGUGGUGUUGUAAGUGUAGUCUUCACUCGCCUGGUUUCUUGGUUCACAAAGGCAUUUGAGUUUAUCAAGGAGAAAUUUGGACUUCCUGCUGUAAUCUGUCCUGCUUUAGGUGGUUUAGGAGCUGGAAUAAUAGCUCUUAAGUAUCCUGGAAUACUAUACUGGGGCUUUACAAAUGUCAAUGAAAUCCUACAUACUGGGAAGAGCGCAUCAGCGCCUGGAAUCUGGUUGCUAACCCAACUAGCAGCAGCCAAAGUUGUUGCCACUGCUUUGUGCAAGGGGUCUGGGCUUGUGGGUGGCCUAUAUGCACCAAGUUUGAUGAUUGGUGCUGCAGUUGGUGCUGUAUUUGGAGGUUCAGCUGCUGAACUUAUUAAUUCAGCUAUUCCAGGAAAUGCUGCUGUUGCACAGCCACAAGCAUAUGCACUGGGGGCUGUUGGAUUAGCGAUAUGGGUUCCUUCUGUGACUAACCAGAACAAGGAGACUGAAGUAUCUGACACGAGGAAUUUAGCAAGAGGAUAUUCUUCCCUUUAUGCUGCUGAGGAGCUCUCUGUCAUGGAAAAGGCUUCUGACCAUGAAGCAAUAGAUGAAGAUACGCUUCUCGAAGAACUUAGGGUUUCUAUGGCCAUGUCAAAGAAGUAUUUAAAGGUGUCAAUGGCUGUUACUGUAAAAGAAGCGAUGAAAUGCAUGCAUGAUAGCCAUCAGAAUUGUGUGCUUGUGGUUGAUGAAGAUGAUUUUUUGGAGGGGAUUCUCACAUAUGGUGAUAUUAAACGGUGUCUGUCCAAGAAGCCUACUGAUGUCCCGAAGGGUGAUUCAGAAGCUCUUGAUGUGAAUGCAUGCCUUGUUUCCUCUGUCUGCACUCGAGGGAUAAGCUACCGUGGGCAAGAGCGUGGACUUUUAACCUGUUAUCCGGACACAGAGUUGGCAAUUGCCAAGGAGUUGAUGGAGGCCAAGGGUAUAAAGCAAUUGCCAGUGGUGAAACGUGGUGGGGAACCGCACAAAGGAAGGAAGCGAAAAAUUGUUGCUCUUCUUCAUUACGAAUCAAUCCGGAACUGUCUCAGAGAGGAGAUAAAUCACAGGAAAUCAGUCUAUCAGCAAAGGACAGAGAAUAACCUGGAGAUGGUGAAUGUUCAUUAAUGCAGUGAUGCAGCUGAUAAGUUUCUCGGCCUGCACUACAUAUGGCAACCUAGAAGAGAGACCAGGGAAGUUGGUUAUGCCUACUCUAGAAUUGGGUCUCCAAAUCACACAUUGAGUCGGUAUUACUCCAUACCAUAGUUUUUGCUGUGCUGAUAUACCUAAGGAUCCUUCAUGUAAUUUUAGUGAAAGUGCCUUGUAAAUGUACUUUUACAGUUAUAGUUUAAUAUAGUUUAAGGGUCAAUUAUGAUAUUAAUCUUUAGUAUAUCAGUGGAAAAAGAAAAUGCAAGUAGGCAAAUCAUGUUUUUUUUCAAAUCCAGAGAUGCAAAUGGUGUAUUCAUUGAUGGUUUAUCAUUUGAUGAACUUAAUUUUAAUAUACUGUUAAUG